GACGCAGAGCUACCUCAAGGCGGAAAUGGGCCGACCCGGCUUCUGCGAUCUAAACACCGAAAAGGUGGCAGCCGCGGAGAAGCGCGCAUGCGCGGACAGCUUUUCCUGGUGAACGGUUGAGAGCCAGACCCGAGCUGCUGGGCUCGGAGUGGAGCAGGGUCAGGAUGGACGAGGACGUGCUGACCACCCUGAAGAUUCUCAUCAUCGGCGAGAGUGGCGUGGGCAAGUCCAGCCUGCUCUUGAGGUUCACAGAUGAUACUUUUGAUCCAGAACUUGCAGCAACAAUAGGUGUUGACUUUAAGGUGAAAACAAUUUCAGUGGAUGGAAAUAAGGCUAAACUUGCAAUAUGGGAUACUGCUGGUCAAGAAAGGUUCAGAACAUUAACUCCCAGCUAUUAUAGAGGUGCACAGGGUGUUAUAUUAGUUUAUGAUGUCACCCGAAGAGACACCUUUGUUAAACUGGAUAAUUGGUUAAAUGAAUUGGAAACAUACUGCACCAGAAAUGACAUAGUAAACAUGCUAGUUGGAAAUAAAAUUGAUAAGGAAAACCGUGAAGUCGAUAGAAAAGAAGGCCUAAAAUUUGCACGAAAGCAUUCCAUGUUAUUUAUAGAGGCAAGUGCAAAAACCUGUGAUGGUGUACAGUGUGCCUUUGAGGAACUGGUUGAAAAGAUCAUUCAGACACCUGGACUGUGGGAAAGUGAGAGCCAGAAUAAAGGAGUGAAACUGUCACACAGGGAAGAAGGCCAUGGAGGAGCCUGUGGAGGUUGUGACAGCAAACAAAGUCGGAGAAUCAAAGGAUUUGAUUAGAAGGAUUUGACUGACAUGCCAUUGCUGGCGUGAAGAUGGAGGGGGCCACCUGGCAAGAAAAGGAGGAUUUAAAUCCUCCAACCGCAGUGAACGAAAUUCUGCCCAUCAGCUUGGAAGCUGAUCCUUCCCCAGAGCCUCCACUGAGAACUCGGCCUGGCUCAUACCUUGCUUUCAGCCUUGUGAUAACCGCAGCGGAGAACCCUGUCCCGCCAUGCCAGACUUCCGACAUACAGAAAUGUGAGCUAACAAACGGGUGUCGUUUUAAGCGGCUAGGUUUGUAGUAAUGUGCUAUAGAGCAAUAGGAAACUAAUAUACAUGGGCAUUUACAUUGCUGUAGUUGUACCUUUUACGUAUGUUAUAAACAUUCUUUAGUGUAAUUUCGUUUGUAAUAAACAUUUUCGCUUUGUAGAAUUUUUAAAUUUUUCAUUUUAUUGAGAUAUAAUUGACAUAUAACAUUGUAUAACUUUAAGAUGUACCAGGUGUUGAUUUGUUACAUUUGUUUAUUAAAGAGAAAGCCAGCAAUUAAGUCUCUUGACUUCAGUGGGCCUUCUGAACAAUGGUGUGUGUGUGUGUGUGUGUGUGUGUGUGUGUGUGUGUGUGUGUGAAAAGAAUGUGAAGAUUUGACCUACACAAUAAUGAAAAUAUGUCUUCAUGCUAAAUAAUGGGUUAUGGGCCAUGCCCAAGGCCUUUUUUAUAAUAAGCCUUUUAUUAGACUGCAUAAAUACCAAGCAAAGACUAUAACAUUGGACCAAGAAUGCAGACUACUAUUUAUGGGAACCUGGAUUUUGGGAAAUGAUUGAGUCCUGUUUAUUCUACGUAAUGAUGUUAUUGUUGCACUAAACACAGGGGCUGUAAAAUGAUUGUAUAUGUUAGUUUAAAUGUGUAAAUAUUUCUGUUAUUGCAUCCUUAUGUACACUGACCGUGAAUAUUUUAUUUUAUGGUGUACUUGAAUUAAAUAUAUUACAAGCAAAGAAGGCAUUUGAACUUGGAGUGAAACUGGCAUGGCGGCUAGUAUCCUGAACCCAUCAAGCAUGAAAUUGCUACUAAUAAUACAAGUGACAUGGGAGCAAAAACCCUGGAGCCUUAGCAGGGCAAUUCCAUUAACUCCAAACAACAUUUUAACAUAUUUUAACAGAUGUGAGAUGAAUGGCACCCGAUAAAUGAAACCUAAUGUGAAUAAUCAACCACAAGAUGGCAUUUGGAUACUAAUAAAUUUAUUUAAAGUUUGAGAAAGUAUUAUAACUUAAAUACAUGUCUAUACUAACCUCUUCCUAUCCCCGGCUACUUUCUCUCAUAUCACCAUGCUCUGAGAUUACUAAGUUUAUUUUCUCUGUUGUUUAAUAGUAUAAAAACAUCUUAUUUAUUUUUCAACUUUUGUUUGUUUUUAUCUCUUGUGAUGGUUAAUUUUAUGUGUCAACUUGCCUGGGCCACGAGGUGCUCAUCUAUUUGGUCAGACAUUAUUCUGGGUGUUUCUGUGGAAGUGUUUUUGGAUGAGAUUAACAUUUAAACUGGCAGACCGAGUAAAGAACAUCAUUCUCCAUAACGUGGGUGGCCCUCAUCUAGUCAGUCAAAGGCCUGAAUAGAACAAAAGUCUCACCAUCCCCCAAGUAAGAGAGAAUUCUCCUGCCUGAUGGCCUUCAACUUGGAACGUUGGCUCUUCGUGGUUCUACAGCAGCCUGCUGUCUUCAGACUCACACUGGAACGUGGGCUCUGCAGAUUUUGGGU